CCGAGGUGAUCAGAUUGCUGAUAUCAUAUGCAAUAAACACAGCGUGUAAAAGACACGAACACCAAAAGAAGGUAGACAACGUGAGAGGUUAACCGAGCGGGAAAUAUCUGUUUCAAUUAGUAAAAAGUAACACACAUCUAACUCAAAAUGGGUCUGUGCAAGAGGUCAGAGAAGGCUGAAAUCACCGAGGUGAAGCCAGAGGACUUGGCUGCAAGUGGAGGAGUCAUUAAAAUGAAGAAGCAAAUAGGCCUGUUUCAGGGUGUUGCCAUUAUCGUCGGUAUUAUCAUAGGCUCGGGAAUUUUUGUUUCACCUGUAGGUAUUCUACAAAACGUCAGAUCUGUCGGGAUGUCAUUUGUGUUAUGGGUGGUUUGUGGAAUAUAUAAUGCUCUUGGCGCAGUGUGUUAUGCAGAACUUGGAACUAUGAUUCCGCAGUCGGGUGGGGAAUAUGUUUAUAUUCGUCGAGCAUUUGGAGAUAUGGCAUCUUUUGUAUGUCUGUGGAUUGACUUUCUCUUGAUUUGUCCAGUGGGUAUUGCAGCUAUGGGACUUAUGUUUGCUGUUUAUCUUCUAAAGCCAAUAUAUCCAGACUGUGACAUCCCCGAGACACCCCAGAGGUUGCUUGCUGCACUCAUUACCACGUUACUUAUUGCUGUGAACUGUGUCAAUGUGAAAUGGGCAACCCGGGUUCAGGUUGUAAUUACUAUCAGCAAGCUGGUGGCUUUGGCCUCUAUUAUUGUGAUUGGCUUCUAUUUCAUUGGAAAAGGUGAGACAGAGAGCUUUGAGAACAGUUUUGAAGACAGUGAUGUUAGUGCUGGAGCUAUUGCCCUUGCUUUCUACUCCGGCUUUUGGGCUUACAGUGGAUGGAGUUACCUGAACUUCCUUGUGGAUGAGCUGGUCAAUCCAGUCAGGAAUUUGCCGUUGGCUAUAUUUAUAUCAAUGACCCUGGUGAUCGCUGUGUACUUGCUUGCUAACGUUGCCUACCUUGGUGUCCUGUCACCACUGCAGAUGCUGUCUUCACCUGCUGUUGCUGUGACAUUUGCAAGUCAGACAUUGGGACCAUUGAAAUGGGUGAUGCCAAUUUUGAUAGCUAUUUCAGUAAGUGGUACAAUGAACGGGACAGCCUUAUCUAUGUCAAGAUUGUUUUUUAUUGGAGCUGGUAACAAUCAUUUGCCACAGUUUGUAUCUAUGAUCAAUUAUAAGAGAUUGACGCCAAUGCCCUCACUUCUUAUCAUCCUUACACUGACCCUGAUUUUCCAGAACAGUGGAGACAUAUUUUACCUGAUAGAGAUGGAAGGUUUUGGAUUUGCCUCCAUUCUUGUAAUGACAUUUGCUAGUCAAGUUUACCUCAGGUUUAAGGAACCAGAUUUGGAAAGACCAAUCAAGGUGCCUAUAGCAUUACCAGCUGUAUUGUGUUUGAUUAGUUUUGCCAUUGUGGUAUUGACAUUCUACCAAAAGCCACAUGAGAGCUUUCUUGCCCUGGGCCUUGUUGCAGGAGGCAUUGUGUUGUAUUGUAUAGGUGGAAAAUGGCAGAACAAACCUAAGAGUAUACAGGAUAAGAUUGACUGGGUGAACAAGUUUAUACAGAAGUUGUUACUGGUUGUUCCCCCUGCCAAGCCAGAAGACUUACAGUUUGAAUAGAAUCCAUUCUCCAUAUCUGUAUAUUAUAAAAUCUUGGUUCUUUGGCUUCAGGAGCUUAUAGGGUGUGGUUAUGCUUAAUGGAUAUCAUUUUAAAAAUGUUGUAUGAAAACAGAGACCAGAGCAUGAAAGAAAUCCAAAUAAGGUUGGUGUAAUAAGUUGGUGUGUAAUAUGUUAACAUUUAGUCAUAUAACUGUAUUACACAGGCAUAUUAAUGUAAGUAUUUGAUUUGGAUUAUUGGUCUAGACACAGGAACAGGCAUAUGAGCUUGUGUAAUGAAUUCUUUAGUGAAGUCAGCCAGUUUUGCAUGCUUUAGAAGAACUUUGAUGUUUUGGAAACAGAUCCCAGUGUAAGGGAAUGUUCUCUGAGGAUUUGAUAAUAUACACUUACUGAAAUGCUUGUCAGUCAAUAGCCAAAACUACUUGCCUGAGGUGUGAAGGUCCAAGGGUUAAAGAGUUUUGAAUGUUGACAGGCAGGCAAUAUAAGUGUUUUAUUACAUGGCAGUGUAAGUGCAUUUUAAUGUUGUUUCUCUCAAUUUUUAUUUUUAAUCCAACAUACCAGUGGUAUACUAUAGAUUGGUCAAUAUCACAAACUAUGGACUGGUCAGUAUCACAAACUAUGGACAGACAAUUUAAGGAGUCAUGUAAUGACGUUAUUUCUUAAGUUGUUAGUUUGCUACCUCAUUUUAAUGUGGAUGAUUGUCGGUUACUGGCAGAGAACAAGUUUGAGUGGUGAGAGUGAAACAGUACGAAGUGUUUCUUUAUACACAUGUAUAUGCAUUAUAUUACGUUUUCCUUCGCCUUUUUAAUACCUAAAGAAAACAAGGAGAAAACACAAGAUUUUUACAGUUGUGUGUGUGGCAGUAUGUUAAAUCCACAUGUGAUGCAUGUAAUUUGUAAUGUAAAGAUGCUUUUUAGGAGGUCUAGUUAGGUAGAUAGUAUAGUUAAUUUUACUGCCGUUAUGCACAUUAAAUGACAAUUUUUACAGUUUAGCUAUAACUAAGUCACAGAUCUAGGGUAUGAUAUACAGUCGAGACUGUUUUAAGAGACCGACUUUGGGAAGCAGCAAAAAAGGUCACAUAUGACAGGGAGUCUCUUAAAACAGUCUCACUUAACUGGAUGACGUUGGUUUCAUAUAUUUUUCCAGUUAAAGUACAUGUAUAUCGGAUACUUAUAUAUAGACCUCUUUUAAGGUAUGCGUGAAAAAUGAUUAAAUUCUAUUUCUUUAAUUGCAUAUUGAUAAAAUAUAAAUUUCAAAUAAUUUGCAUCAUUCGUAUGAUGUUGAUGAAACAAAUAUAAGCUCAUGAUCAGGCGAGAAAAUAAAGGGGAGCAGUAAAAUAUAAAUGUUCCAUUAGAACUAUUUUACACACUGAGGUUUAUGAUAUUUAUAUUUUUGUGUAUUAAUGGUUCAUUGACAUUUAUCCGUUUAUUGACUGCAUCUUUAAUCCGUGUUUUCUUCGUCGUUUCCUGUUAAAUACCGCCAUCUUUUUGUUUCACCAGGAACAUUGUUAAUUUAUGCACCGACUCCGAAUUCUUCACCGCCUUUAUACGCUGGUUUUCCCCAAUCGAGCAAUUCAAGUGCAUUAACACGCUGUUCUAAUGUCAAACAGUUCUUUUUUAUGUUUUUCAUCCGCCAUUGUUUGUAAACAAGUAAGUUCUCGUCACAAACAACUUCACGCGAGAUAACGAACGGUAACUCUAUCGUGUAAAAUCUUGCGAGGGAGCGUCUCAAAGUCGCUGAAAACGGUCUGAUAAUCGAUUCAGGAGUCUGAUUUCACAGUCGCUUGUCGCGUAAGGCAGGGGGUUGCUUAAUUAAGACUCUUUUAAUAGUAAAUUGCGUCCGGAGCAUAAAAAAGGGUCGCAUAUGACAGGGAGUCGCUAAAUUCAGGGGGUCGUUAAGGCAGUCUCGACUGUACACCUAAAGCAGCUCAUAUAUGACAGAACAUUUCAUUUAUCACCAGAGACGAUUGUCAUGACUUGAAUCUUCAAAUAGGUCACUUCUAAUCCAAAAUUCUACAUAUGAAAAAAUCUGCCAUAGUUACAUAGUAUAUUGAUAAAUUUUGAUUUUUGUUUUAAUGAGAUUAUAUAGAUGAAACUGCCUUGCUGUUAUAUAAAUGAAACUGCCUUGGUUAAAAAACAGGGAUUGGUGGAACCCAAUCUCUGAGUACAUUUGACUACAGACUUAGAAUCCCUUAACAAUGAUAGGAUGGGGGUAGUAUUGUGGAAAUGUUGCUGUGGGGCUUUGAAAUAAUUAGGGGCCUCCGUGGCCAAGUGGUAAGGGGCGUUGAAUUCUAAAUGUGAGGAAGCCAUCAAGCUUCUGGAAAGUGGAUUGUUCUACCUAGGUGGCCACCUAUGAUGAAAUAAUGAAUGGGGGGGCACCUGGGGUCUUCCUCAAUCGUCAAAGCUGGAAAGUGGCCAUAUGUCUAUAAUUGUGUUGGUGUGAUGCUUAACCCAACAAAAUUACAUAAAUUGAAAUAAUUGAUGCUCCAGAGUUAGAAGUACUGUUCUAAACAGGGUUCAAGCUAGGUCCAAAUUUGUCAUGAAUUGUCCGGAGUAAAACUGAAAAGUAAAUUGUAGAAUAUAGGAGUUCAUUUGAAUUGAAAAUUUAGUAGAAGUCAGUCUAACAAUGGACCAUUCUUCUAAAAUUAAUAGCUCUCAAAAUAUUUACUAAAUCAUGGAAAAAGACAUAUUUCUGCAGUAGUGCCAUUUACCUGCUUGGUUUAUUAACUAUUUUGUUUAGAAAGCUUUCAAAUGUUGAACAAUUAAACUGUCAAUGAUAUAUUGGCUGGAUAUAAGUAUGUUUGUGGUAACAAAUUAUUUUAUACACCUCCACACUUCAUGCGAAAUUCUCACACGCAAGUACUCUGAAGUAGUUGGAGCUUAAACUAUGUUUCCAGCAUAUAAGUGACAUGUGGCAUGUGACUAUUUCUUAAGCCUGGCUUAGCUCACACCCAGUAUACAGGAUCUCCAUUCAACAGAUUUGUUCAAAGUAAUCAUAGCCUGUUGAAACUAAAAGAUAUUUCCCUCUAGAAAAAUUUCAGCAGUUAGACAGCUGGAUUAAUUUUAUUUCAUUUUUGUUCUGUAAAAAUAUUGCAUAAUAUAGACUUAGAGUAGACAUUUAGUGUUGGCAUUUAGUGCUAUGAUCUCUUUGCUGAAUCUCAGUUUUUAAUCAUGUACAUUUUUAUUUUUGCAAAUAAAGUAGUUUAGAAAUUGAACUGAUGUGCUUUUUAAAAAUAAUCAUCCAAUUGAAAUUUUUGUAAAUUUUCUGUUUUUUUUUUUUUUUUUUUUUUUUUUUUUAUUUUUAGGGUGUAUAUAGAAGAGAUUAUCUAUAUCACAUUGUAUUCUUGUUUGAUGAAAAAUUUACCUGAAUCUGUGUUUAGGAUUUAUUUUUGUGUAUAUGAUGUAAAAAAAAACAAGUGAAAAAUAAAAUGAGAACGUCCUAAAAUGAAGUUGCAUUCUAUCUAAUAUGGAUGGACACUUACAGGUGAAGUUGAGUUCAAAAUAUAUGUGUGUGAAUUAUAAGGUAUAAAUGUACAGGGUAAUAUAUCAUUUACACCAUAAUAGAAAUAAUUGGUUUUUGAUGCCAUUUCAAUGAAAUAUUUAGAAACAAUGGUGCUUUGAUUGUGAACAAGAAACUUACAUAAAAAAAAUAUAUGUUACUUUUUAUAUUAACAAAUAAAAUCUUAAUCUAUUAUUGAGGCCAGAGAGAUUUACUUUAGGCUUGUUGUUUGAUAGAUGAAGUUCUAUGUUCGAGGCUUUCUUAUAAUGGAUGCAGUUUACUGUUUUGUUGACUGUUGUUAGACAGGGUUAUUGUUUAUUUACCAUGUUGAAUUUAUUUAUUACAUCUUCAAUUUUACCUUGUUGGUUUUAUAAGAAAAAGAUAUUGCUAGUUGUUCUAUUGAAUUCUUGUUGAUUUAUUGCGUUGUAUUUAUGAUAUGCGAGUUCAUUUGUUGUUUAAAUGAACAAGCUUUUACUGCAAUUCUAUAUUUUGUUAGCAGUAAUGAAAAUGAAACGAAAAGGAUUUGUUAUAGAACAUUGAAAUUAUUCUAGGAGUUAAUCUGAAAAUGUAAGACAUUUUGCUUUUAAAAAACUGAAGUACAGGUGCUUUAGACAGUGCUAUCACUCUGUUUUACUAUGCCUGUGGAUACAUAAGCUUUGUAGGGGCCUCCGUGGCUGAGUGGUUAAUGUCGCUGACUGUAGGGGCCUCCGUGGCUGAGUGGUUAAUGUCGCUGACUGUAGGGGCCUCCGUGGCUGAGUGGUUAAUGUCGCUGACUGUAGGGGCCUCCGUGGCUGAGUGGUUAAUGUCGCUGACUGUAGGGGCCUCCGUGGCUGAGUGGUUAAUGUCGCUGACUGUAGGGGCCUCCGUGGCUGAGUGGUUAAUGUCGCUGACUGUAGGGGCCUCCGUGGCUGAGUGGUUAAUGUCGCUGACGGCGAAUCACUUGACCCUCACCAGUGUGGGUUGGAACCUCAGUUGGGACAUUAAAUUCUUCAUGUGAGGAAACCAUCCAGCUGGUUUACUGUUGGUCGGCGGUUCUGCCCAAUGCCCGCCUGUGAUUAAAUAAUGCACAGAUGGGCAUUUGGGGGUCUUACUUCACAAUCAAAGCUGAAAAAUCGCUAUCUGACCAAUUUGUUGGUGCGACAUUUAAUCCAACAAAAAAAAUAAAAUUUGUCUUGGAGAAACUUACAGUCAAGUGCCUAAUACAAAUAGAAUACUGUAUCAGUAUGCUGCAUUAUAUAUGUUUUCUGUGUUUUAUUUCUACCAUUAUAUAUGUACUUGUUUUAUUUGACAUUGUAUGUUUAUGACAAUAAUUUUUGCCUUAAGUGUUUUAUGUAUUUAUAAAUGUAAACUUUGUUUAAUUUGAAUUGUUUGGUGUUUAUGUUUGAAACUUGGUGUAAGGUUUGGGGUACUGGGUGUGUUAUGGAGGUGCUGAGUUUUCUGUUUUUUGUUGCCGCAGAGUGGUAUUUUCGUACCAAGUAACAAUAUAAUUUCACACAGCGGAGGUAUUUUUGCAUAACGAUAUUUUUUUAUGAGAUGGAUUGAGAUUUUUAUGGAAUACUUUUGUCAACAGAUGAAUGGCACAACAUAAGUAAGGAAGUACGGCAGUAUUUUGAGUUGUUGACUUGAAGUGAAUAUGUUACUGGUUUGUGUGUGUUCUGUUCUUGCUUUCGUAUAUCUAUUGGCAGCUAAUGUUUAGGUUUAAAUGUUAUUGUUUAUCUGCAUUUGAUAUAACAGGCAAUAAAUGGAAUAAAGUCUGAUAAAUAGGAAAAUAUUGCAAGAUAAAAGGGGUAAAAAACCUCUGUAUUGAAUGUGUAAUUUUUCUGGUGGGAUGUUCAGAUUUAUUAUUUAAUGACACAUCACUCUAACCAGUCUUCUAUAUAACUUUUAGCCUGCUGACACAUCACUCUAACCUGUCUUCUAUAUAACCUUUAGCCUGCUGGCACAUCACUCUAACCUGUCUUCUAUAUAACCUUUAGCCUGCUGGUGGAUCACUCUAACCUGUCUUCUAUGUAAUCUUCAGCCUGCUGACACAUCACUCUAACCUGUCUUCUAUGUAAUGGUAUACAGGCAGAGAACAAUCAGUAGUUAGUAAUUGUUUUAUAUCAUUUUGGCAUUAAAUAUUGAUACCUCAGGUCUCUUCCAUAUAUUUAGUAGAUUUUGCAUAGAGGACAACAUCUUAGAGAAAUAGUAUUGUCAAAUACAUGUAUUAUGUUAUUAUACUGCCUGCACUGUUACUUGGUCAGUAUAUAAUGACACUUUAUUUAGAUUUUGGGCAUCAGUUAGAAGAUACAUGUUCCAUUGUUGCGAAACUGCCCAUUUAUGUUGUUGAGUUAAAUUAUGUUUGUUUAAAAAAGCAACAAAAAACAGUCUUCAGUAGGCAAAAAUUGAAAGAAAAUGAAUUGCUUGUAGUACAUUUUAGUUGUAUACAGGAAGAGCAGGUCUAAUUGUCUAGUAGUUUUACAGUGUAUACUAAACUGGUGUUGAUGUAGAAUGAUUCUUGACUACUGUUGGACUUAAACCCAAGCAUCUGUGUUUAGAUACCAGCAUUUUAUUUACUGGAUGACCAUCCCCCUUUCAGACACACACUCACCAGUUCAAUAAAUAUUUAUUGUGGCAUUAGCAACAGAAAUUUUGCAUUUAGAAAAAUUAUCAAAACUCAUCCAUUUUUUUUUCCAGAAUUGUUGCUCAUUUUUACAGAGAAGUUUAAUCAUUGCUGAGAUAGUUCAAAUAUGAUGUGUGUCAUUUGUUUGAAAGAUACUGUUUGUUUGAUUGUUUCAGUUCAUUAUUGGUAAAACAUGACAUUUACCUAGUGUUUUUGCAUCUCGAAAAUAGAAUCUUGUGUCCAUUUUGUAUGAUAUUUUCAGUUUCACUUGUAAAUACACAUUUACCAUUUCAUGUAUAAAACUGGGACAAUAAUAGAGAAGGUCAAGGUUUUUGUGAAAUAUACAUAUUGUACAGUACACAUAGAUGCAAAUGAAAGAAAAAAUGCCAUGUUGUAAUUAAAAACAUAAAGAUAAAAUUCAGUAAACUGAAGAUUUCACAUGUAAACAAUAUGGUAAGGGUAGAUAUUUUGUUUUUAAAUAUGUAGCUAAAUUAUCUUUAUACUACAUGAUUUAUGUGUGUUAUGUAUAUAGUGAUUUACUCUUUAAGAGAUUUCCAUAUUGUGAUUUAUUAACAAAACCGUUUAAAACUACUUGUCCCACAGAGAGAACAUUUUGUGUUCUCACUAUAAUAUUAUAAUGUACUGUGUUAUGUUAAGGAUAUACAUUUAUUUUUCUAAAAUAGAAUUAUCUUGAGUGCUUGACUUCUUAUUUUGAGUUAAUAACUUACCUGUGUCACUAACACAAACAACUAUCUCUGGUAUGUACUGUUUGUCCCAUAUUAUGAUGCACGUUCUGCGUCUGAAAUAUGCCUUGAAUACUCAAAAUAAUAUAGUAAGCUUGUGUUGGGGGCACCCAUGGCUGAGUGGAUAAUUACUUCAAAUCACUUACCUCUCACCGAGUGGGAUUGAGUGUCACCUGUGGGUGUUGACUUUUUUGUUUGAGGAAGCUUGCUUACAGAAUGCUGAAGGUCUUCUCCCUCCCCCUUUAUGAAAUAAUGCACAGAGAAGGGCAAGCGGGUUCUUCUUCCACCACCGAUAGCUGGAAAGUUACUAUAAUGGUCAACAGAAAUGAAACUUAUUGGUAAAUACAUGAAUAGAAUCUAUUUACUGUUUCUUCUGUAAUAUUGUAACCUUUUUGCUAAACAUUAAAAAAAGCAAAGUAAUACAGAAAUAUUCAGAAUAUUUUGAUUUUGGGAGAACAAGCUACUUUGAUCAAGAGACAGGUGCAUAUAGUCCAUGUGCAAAUUAUUUUGAACUUACUGUAAUGCUACCAUCUUUGACUCGGAAAACCUGAAGGUACGCUUUAUGCUAGUGGUCAAGAGGUGUAAUGAUAUACAUUUCUUAUGUUUUUAGUAAAUUAAAGAUAAAACGAGUCUAGUUUUAUUUAUGGUUUAGUAAUUGCUGUCCAGCCUGCUUCUUAUAUUUUGUAUCAAACAUGAUUAUUUUGUGUAGCACUCUUGCCUUGGAAGUCUUCAAACGUAUUGAUAUAUUUUCCAAAAACAUUAUCAUGGUAAUAGCCAUACUAUUUUGCCAUUAAAUCAUGUACAAAUUUAGCAGGAACCAUAACUUUCAAUGGUCACUGUAUAUAUUCAUUUCCAUUUAUCUGUAUUAAAGAAACGUAUUUCUCAGUUUGUGAGUGUUCCUUAAUGUUUGUUUUAAUAUGUUUGUUUUACUUGUAAAAAUGAAAGUUUGAUUGUUAUUUUAUUGACAUAUGAAAUGAGUUAUUUGUGCUAACUUACUUUCAGAAUAUCUUAUAGGAUUUUAAUAUAUCUAAGGUAGAAAAUUGAUUCACCAAAUCUAGAUGUAUGUCAUUAAAACAGUCUUGUUAUCCUUAUUUCUGAUAUCGAACAUUGCAGAAAACAGAGCAAGUUAGGGAUAGCUCUAAAUAGGUAUUCAAUAGAAAGAUUAAAUAUACCAGGUUAAUUGAUAGUCUUUUAUAUUUUAAAUGUUGAGAUUUCAUGUUUACAUAUUUCUAUAUAAAAACGUCUUACACGAAGAAAAAUUAAACAUUGAAAUUGGAAUAAAAUUAAUGUGUACAUGUUUACACAACAACUUGAGGGGAUUUUGUGUCCAAAUGGUUAAGGUCAUUGACUUGAAAUCACUUGCCCCUCUCCGGUGUGGGUUUGAAACCUUGCUUGGGGUGUGGAAUUCUUCAUGUGAGGAAGCCAUCCAGCUGGCUUAUGGAAGAUCUGCCUAGGUGUCAAUCCCUGCCUGAAACAAUGCAAGGAGGGGCAACUGGGAGCUUCUAAAAAGUAGCGCACCAACAAAUUUUGGCUUGAUUUUUUUCAAUUGGGUGAGCGCAGGCCAAAAACAAAAAAUUGUUCGUGUGUUUCUGAAAAUAUACGAGUGGCAAAUCCGAUGAACAACUUUUUAAUUUGGUGAGGCCUUAAGACAUUAAGGUGUCUCCUUAGGACACACUAAGGACUGAUGGGAUACCUUGCUUUAACCUGAUAUUUCUCCACAUUUCCAAAGAAAUAAAAUACCAUGUAGCAUACCAAAAUUAAGGGGAAAGAUUAAGCUAUACCAUUGUACUAUUUGGAAAAGAUCUUAUGCAUCAAGAUUCUGUUAAUAUAGCAAAAUAUGUAAAACUUGAUUGUUAUUUUCAAAUAGAUUCAACACUCAGUACUUCAGAUGAGCUAAAAUUUUGUGUUCAAUAUAGGAGUCUCAUAAAUUACCAAAGAGUAUCACAUUUUUUUUCUAACUUGCCAGAAAAGAGAUUUACACCGAUACCAGUUAUAUUUGGGUAUCUGUUUCCUUUCCCACUGAAUUAGUAGUGAUAUAAUUCAUAAAUGGGUAAUUUUUUUACAGAACUGAUAUACAUUUAUACAUUUAUACACUUACAAGAAACAGACUGUUUUUGUGCAAUAUCCUUGUAACUUUGAAUCACUUCAAACACUUCACCAAGAUGUGAAUUUCUGUUUGGAGAAAAAAAAAAAAAUGGAUUUUAUAAACUGUACCCUUAGGCCCCUCAUUCAUCAAAAACAAAACAUCCUUUAUUUUUCUGCCAACAAACCAAAGUGCUUCAAAACCACAUUAUUCAUGAUUUACACACAAAAAUAAUAAGGCAUUUUGACCAGGAAAACCAGUCAGAAUUGUUGAUAUUUACCUGGUGAAAAUCAGUCAUAUAAUUUUGGUUACAUAAUAAAAUCCCAUUAACCUGCUUCUAGAGCCUUGAAUGACCACAUUGUCAUUAUUCAGAUUCAAUGCAAAGUAGUUGGUUGGAGAAUUACCAUAACUAAAUUUAUAGCCUGGCUGUUAUCAGGUGUUACUAUAUUAAAACACAUGUCAAAUAUCUAUUGCUUAUCAAGCAAAGUCAAAUAAAUGUUCUAUAUUCAAUUUUUUUUAAUCUGAUAGAGGAAGAUAUUAUGAAUUUAUAUAAGACCAAAAAUGUUCAGAAUGCCAUUUCACUUCUUAGUGUGUUGUUAUAAUCAGUUUCAGUUUAUCAGAUGGCUUUGUGCAAGUAAUUAUUACCUGGGCAAUUUACUGCAUGUAUACAUAUGCAAAUUGAACUACUGCCUUUUAUGUUACUGUCAUUUUAAAUGUUUCUAGAAAUCAUCUGGCAUAGAACUGAAUAAGUAAGAAAAAUCUACAGCAUGAUCUUUGUGCUACAUAUUUGAGACUGUAUUGUCAUCUUUCUUUAGUAAUUACUAAAGUUCUGUUAACAGUUAUGUGCAUGGUCUUUUGUUUGUUUGGAAAUAAGAUUAUAUUAAAUUUGCUGUUUUGUAAAAUCUAUGUUUAGGUUGCUGGUACAUGUUGUAAUGUUCUUUCACCAACAUCUGUUUUGUUCGACAUAUCAUUUUGCAUUUUCUGUAGUGUUCUGACUUUAUGUGUGAAGUAAAAGCCAAAAAUUGUA